GUGGCAGAACACAAUAACAGAAUAGCCUCGUGGUUUGCAGAAAAGGCGCACUUGUACAAACUGGCUAAUUAAUAAGUCGUCUGCAGGCUCUGCAGACACAUUUCUAAAUCUACUUUUCACUCUCCAAUAUUCUCUGUAAUUGAUACGUCAACUGUCAAACAAUCUCGUGUUUUAUUAAAAUUUUAAUUUUCGAUUAUUACAUAUUUUUAUAGAACAGGUUAUAUCUGAUCUAUUUUUAUUUUUAUUAUUAAUAAUUAUUAGGAAAAGUUUUAUUCUGAAAAGAGGAAUAAAUCAUGGAUUUAAGAGUAGAAAGUGAUAAUUCGUGUGAAAGUUGUCUGUCGGUAAAUAAUAUUGAUCAGAAAUCAAAUUCAUCGUUUUUGCAAAAACGAAACGUAUCAACUGGAAGAUUCCAUGAUGAAAUGAACAACCCGGAAGGAAGAGUUCUUGUUCUAUAUACUGGUGGGACUAUUGGAAUGGUCAGAAAUAAAACUGGAGCUCUGGUUCCAAUAGCAAAUGCAUUUGUAAACAAUGUGAGAACAUUUCCUAAUAUGCAUGACAAUGCCUACGCGGAAGAAAGAUUCUGCCCCAGUUGUGAUAACUGUCCUCUAGUUUUACCAUUGUCAAAUGAACAUAAACGACGUGUUAUUUACGAUGUCAAGGAAUAUUCCCCACUUCGAGAUUCGAGUAAUAUGACAAUGGAUGACUGGAUUCUAAUCGCAAAAGACAUUAAAGAGGCAUAUCAAUAUUACGAUGGCUUUGUCGUCCUGCAUGGAACAGAUACUAUGAGCUACACAGCCUCUGCUCUAUCCUUCAUGCUUGAAGCUCUUGGAAAAAUAGUUGUCAUAACCGGAUCUCAGCUCCCGAUUUUCGACACAAGAAGUGACGGCCUCGAUAAUUUUUUAGCUUCCCUUGUCAUUGCGGCAAACUAUAAUAUACCGGAAGUUUGUGUUUUCUUCGGCAAUAAGCUGAUACGUGGAAAUCGUACCAGCAAAUUCUCCACUGAUGCGUUUGAUGCCUUCCACUCUCCAAAUUCACCACCUCUCGCCAUCGCUGGUAUUAAAAUCGAAGUGGACUAUAGUUCAAUUUACCGUUCUGGUGCUUUAGAAGAGUUUCACGUGCACACGACUUUAAACCGGAACGUUGGUUUGCUUCGACUUUUCCCUAGUAUUUCGGGUGAAUUAAUAAAAGCAUUUCUUCGACCACCAACCGAAGGAGUUGUUUUGCAAAGUUACGGUGCUGGAAAUAUUCCCAGUAAUCGGGAGGACAUCGUAUCAGCGAUUAAAGCUGCGACUGACCGAGGCGUUAUCGUCGUCAAUAUUACACAAUGUCCAACCGGAAGUAUUUCUUGUAUCUACGAAGCAGGCCAAGUUCUCACUGAUGCAGGUGUAAUCGCCGGAUAUGAUAUGACACCGGAAGCAGCUUUAACAAAACUCUCCUACGUUCUUUCAAAAAAAGAAUGGGAUACGGAAAAAAAACGUGAGAUGAUGCAGACAAAUUUGAGGGGCGAGUUAACUGGAGGAAAACCACCGAGUAUGAAAGAUUGGGACCUUAUUGAUGCUGUCGCACAAUCUCUGAAUGUCAGUUCUCCAAGCGAACGUUACGAGCUAGUUUCAAUUUUAUUUCCCGCGAUGCUAAACGCAGCGGUUAUUGCUCGAGAUAUCAAAAAACUUGAAUCCUUUCAAGAAUACGGUGCAGAUAUUUCCCAGAAGGAUGCGGAUGGACGAACGGCUUUGCACAUUGCUUGCUGCGAAGGCGACCUUUCUGUUGUUCGGCGUCUUUUGAUAAUGGGAGCUAAUGUCCACGCAAAAGAUAGAUUUAAUCGCACUCCUUUGAUAGACGCAAUAGAAUAUGAUCAUCAGGAGAUAAUUAAACUCUUGCGACAAACUGGUGCUCAUCUUCACGAACGAACUCGAAUGCUCGGUGAAAAGUUGUGUAUGGCCUCAGCAGCUGGAAACUUGAUGCGACUUAAAUCUUAUCAACUUGCUGGAGCAGAUUUAACCGUAGCAGAUAUUUCUGGAAGAACACCUCUACAUCUUGCAGCUCUGCACAAUCAGCCAAAAUGUGUCGAAUUUCUCCUGGAGAAUGGAGCGGACAAAAACGCGAAAGAUAUGUUAGGAAAUACUCCUUUCGCUCUUGCUGAAUUGACCAAAGCUUUCGAUUCAUUAAAACUGAUAUCAAAGAAGGAAAGGUAAUAUUAGAAAAUUGCGAUGACAGUAUUUAUUUAUAGACAAUUUUAAUUUCAAAAAGAUAAUAUAAUUAUAUUUAAUUAGGAAGCUCGAGAAUUAUUAAAUGGAUCUGGUCACUAAAUUGAUAAUGUAAUUAUAUUUUGAAAGAUAAACUUGAGAGAACUUAUUUGCCAUUUUUUGCAUUUCAUUUUGGAUCGAGAGACCAUCUUUCUCGUUCCUUUUUUCAGUUUUUUAAAAAUCCACAGGGUGGCGACUUGACCAGGAAACCAAAAAAUGAUCGGGGAUAUAAUUAAAAGAUCGGGAAUUUAUUCCGAUCAAAGUAAAAUUCAAAAUUUCAUUAUUUUAAUAAUUUUGUUCAAUUUAGAAAAGUGAUUUCUUUCUUAAAU